AAACACGAUCCUCUCUCCCUCACGCCACAUCUUCGCUCCAUCCUCUUUCUCCCUGUACUUACCCGUAUCUCCUCCUGGCCCCCUUGGAGGGUCUAUGAAAGCCAUAAUGGCAUUGCUAAGUGACUUCGAAUCGCAGCUGAAGGAGAUUGUAACUGCCAAGCGCCUUUCAGCGUCGAAAGUGACCAAGCUAACAGAAAUCGCGCUCAAGUCGAUGAAGGAUGAUGUCCAACUUCGCCAGUCCAAGAUCCACAGCCUAUAUGUCUUUGAUGCACUUUCUCGGGCGGCACGACAUCAGGUUAACAAACAUGAGCUUUCAGCCGGCUCCAGUCAAGGCAAUGCCGCCACGUUUCUUUCCAAGGUUGAGGGUAUCUUGGAAGGGCUUUUCCAAGAUAUGCUUUCCACUGGAAAAGAUGAAUUCAAGGAAAAAACCAAAAAGAUACUUGAUAUUUGGGUAAAAGCAAAUACAUUUCCAGCGCAGAUCCUCUCGAGCUUGACCAAAACGGUGAAGGAUUCAGAAAAAGUGCCCGAGAAAUCACUUGUCUCAUCCGAUCCUCGAAACGCCACUUUACAAUCGAAGAGCGUAACACCCCCCGCGACGCAAAGUCCUCCAGUGCAGGCGGCGGAUCCCCAAUCCACUUUACUCGCUCUACUCCUUCAGCAGGCUGCUAAGCCCGCAUUGAACGGGCAAACAGCAGCAAACACGACAGGGACAACCGCGCCUCAGCUGGAGCUUUCACAGCUUGCUAUACUACAGCAGCUUGCUCAGACGGCUCAGCGGGGGAAUGGUGGGGUCGGUGCGCCGGCUCCACCGCCCACUAACUUCGUUAAUGUUACAAAUGUCCCUGAUCCUCGCAGACCUGCUGCAUCUCUAUCACCAAUACCUCUUUCUGAUCAACGAUAUCGACCCAUUAUGUCACCUAAUAGUCAUGAUAUCCCUCGUCAUGACCGUUACAAUGGUUCAGGAGCUUCUCCAUCGGAACACCGAAGUGGCUAUCGAGAUCAUGACAGGAAUAAUGGACGAGGUAGUAGGGAUACCCGUGAUCGUUUCAAGGAAAAAGACAUGAGUCCUCGAAGAUCAGGACACAGUCGGCGAGGCGUCAGGCCAUAUAGUCCUCCUAGGAGACCAAAUGUUACUGAGUCUAGUGGUGACGGCGAGAAAGACGAGUUUGGACGAGAUGUACGGCCUCGUUCACAAUCGCCCGAAGCAGAGCCAAAACAGCAAUCAGCUACACAGCCACCCCCAGCCGUAUCUGCUGACACGCUUCCUACAGCUCCCUACCAUGAAUCACCCCCUUCUCCUUCUACGACUACAAUCGAGCUAGUACAGCCAGCCGAACAACCGGUUGGCCUCGAAGCGUUUAAUCCACAAACAUUUGAUCCCACCUCACCUGCCGCAUGGGAAUCUUUCGGGAAGAUGUGGGAGGUGACAAACGGUCAGCCACCUUCCCAGGAGCAGUUGAUGCAAUAUCUCAUGACGGCCAUGAGUGGGGUGAUGGGGAUACCGCAGCAGAAUCAGUAUUCAGGCUGGCAAGCGCAAGGGCAAUACGUUAACCAACAACAAUUUCAGAAAGGACGAGGUGAUGGCUUUACUCGAGGUCGAGGUCGUGGGAGGGGUGGAUUCUCGCAGUUCAGCCAUGAAGAUCCUGGCACGGAGGCCAUUGUUCUGGGAGGUGGUUCUGAUAUGCAGACAGAAUAUUCGGACAAGCAGGCCAGUAGCAUAUCUAGUUCUGGCGGGAGCAUGCAGAACAUUGGUGGGAAGUGGGUGUUCGUACGAGACGGCGCGCCACCGUGACUUCGUUCGGGUCUUUCCGUCUUUAUUACACUUUAUCUUCAACCUUUUUCGUACUUAGUUUAUUUUAUCAGCACCAAUAGGGAACUCAUUAUACUCUUUUAACUACCGUCAAUUGACCCUCAAAGAAUAGAUAAAGAACAGAUGCGAAU